CUUCGUUAAACCUUUUUCAUCGAUCGAGAUAUGACGCAUGAAUGAAAAUCAGGAGAGAUUAGGGGGCAUAACUCUAUUUUAAACAGGAAAACCCAGGUUUGAGAAUCGUUAAAGAUUGUGCCAGCAAUACAAGUCCAUCAUAAACCAAACUUGCCAAGUCAUCAUGGAUAUUAAAAUAGAGUUCUGUUUUCAGAUUGUGAAUCAACAUGUGCUGCUGUUAUUCUGUACCAAAGAACCCUUUCAAUGACCUCUACGUGUCUGAUAUCACUGGAGUGACAUGAGAGCAGUGUUAGUGCGUUUCUCUCUUUCCAUUUGGGUAACUCCCAGGCAUUAAAAUGGCUUCCUUGUUCCCUGACAAAGUCUAUACUGGUAUGUGUUUUUGAUAAUUUGCUAUGACAACUAAUCUAUCAGAUGUAGAUGCUGUCCUGUUCAAAACGUACUUGGUAAUUAAGGAACUACAUACAAAGACUGUGUCAGAAAUGAAAGAGAAAACAGAUACCAAAUACAUAUUUUUGUUCUUAUGUGAAUAGACAUGUGGUUGGUUAACAAGUCAUAGAUGUAACUCGUUCAAUGAUCCCAGUUUUCCUGAUAAGGCCGAGAUGCCACAAGUAGUGGGUGUAUACUAACUACUGUCUCUUUUUUCAUUCUUUCCAUUUGAACACAGGAUCUUAAUAACUCUUGACAUUAUAAGACUGUAAACCAAAAUGAUUUUUCAGACAAAACUGGUAUGUGUCUUUGGUGUUGUUUUGACCGUCUGUCUACCUAACGUAGACACUGUUAUCCUGUCCAACAUUGACUCGGUAAUUAAGGAACUGUAUAAGAAGACGGCAGAAUUGCAAGAGAAGAAAGAUAGCAAAUAUAUCCCUCCAGAGCACUGGAAGAAGGACAAAGGCGUGUAUGGCAGCGAGGUCAAGGUCAAUACCCAUGGACCACCAGAACUGGCUUUUAUCCGCCAUGCCAUAGCUGUUUUUGACAAUAAUAUGUUCGUGACGUCAUGGAUCACAAUAGCUCUGAUGGAAGCUCAUCUAUACGGUAUGGCUCCGAAGCCGUCAUCAGAGCAGAUUGUUCUAGCACUGGAUUCCAUCAGCAGUUACCAUGACAAGAACCGUCACUACAAUUCGUCCAUCAUGAAUUUCUGGCCGCAGAGGUACAACGAGUCGGUGGACUUCUGGCAGAGCUCUCCCGAGAAUCUCUACCAUGUACUGGAUAUUAUUCGCAGUCUGCCAAUAAAGGAUCUUGAGAAACUGCUCGACUGGUUGGGCCUUAAGGAUGUGGAAAAGUUAUUAAAAGAUCUCAUUCAAAUGAUAGACUCGGCCAGCAAAGCCUUCCGAAUACCGCCGGACUUUGACGACAGUUUCUUGAACCUAGGCCUCGGAAGCUUGCUGUUGGAGAUGAAAGCCUAUUUCCCCUCUGAACUGUCUCUGUGGAAAGAAAGCAACACGAAUGUGACAUCAGUGUUUGACGCGCUGAAAAAGUACGCCUACCGACCAUUCUCAACCAAUAAAAACAUCAACACCAUCGACCCAAGAACCUACUUCUACAUCCGACACUUUCUUGUUAAUGCUAAAGAAAAGUCGCAAGAUGUCGCACUUGUUAGCACAUGGAUUCAGGAUAUCGAAGAGGAGAUGAAAAUAUACAAGAAAGGGGUUGCCAUGCCGUUUGGUAUAAACAAUGUCGAUGUGACGGUGGCAGCCAACUUCAUGUAUGGCGUGACGUCAUCAGUGCUGUCAGGACUUCAGUCACUCAGUAUUCUCGACGACAAACAAAUUCAGCAAAUCUUUCUGAACACGACUUCACUGAUUGCAUACGAGAUCAAAGCAGAUUUCAUCGGUCGACGCGACCUUGCUCUGACCUACUAUCCAUCAGUGUUAGAAUUCUACUUCUUUGUGGCAAGGACGUAUGCUCUUCUUGAAAGGACCGCAAAGUACAGCAAGUUACCACACCCAGCACUUGUAGAAGUUAUGUCGAUUCUGGCUCCAGUCUUGAAGGGUAAAGCCACACACGUGAUCUUGGACCAGGCCAAGCCAUUAGGAGACGAUAUGGUUUUCUUUGAUGACUUUCUGGGGGACGGAGACUGCACUCGAGACAACAAAACACUUAUACGAGCAGAAGACCGGAUAUUCACGACUGCUAUGGCUGUAAACUGUCUCAUUCGAACGUGGACCGUGUUUGACGACAUGACGAGAAAACUUGUGUGGAUGAAAGAAACACCAUCAAAAGUUAUAGAAACUGCAUCAAAAGCGACCAAAUGGCUGACUGUUUUUACUCUGUCUGGCGACUAUAAACCAUGGAACACAUUUUUUUCCGGUUCCAGUAAAGGUUUUGAUACUCUACCAUUUUGGUAUCCAAUAAACAGAUUGCAGUAUUUGAACGGCACUGUAAUCCACGAUCACGUGCACUUUCCUCAAGGUCUGUUCAUGCUCGGUGUCGAGGGCGUUAUUCCAGAAGCUAAAUAUGAAGCCAUGUUCAACCAGCCACAUUUUGGAGUGAAAACCCCGACCAAAUUCCACGGUUACAACACUGGCUCGGGUUUCUUCCCCUUCUGGUCUUCUGAUGCGUAUACCUACUCCGUGACAAUGCUGGCACUAGCACAGUUUGAAAACACGGUGCAACAAUCAUAGGAACUGUAAAGAAUGAAGACCUUUCCUAUCUGUUUGAUUAUAUUCACAGCUACCGUAUCUUUUAUAUUGUUAACAAUUAAAUUUCCGUUACAUUCAUUACCACAUAACAUGAUCUCAUUGGUCCAGAUGUAGCAACAGGAGUUUGUUAAUUUCUCGAUGAACCUAAAACUUACAUUGUCAGGGGACGUCAUUUCUCCCAUCCCAUCCCUACACGUGUAAACGGCAUCGUUUUGUGUAGGCCAACUAAACGUUUACAAAAAUGGUAUCCGUUUAAACGAAUUAUGACGUAAGCGAUGAAUGUGAGUCGUGACGUCAUCCACUAUCCCAUAGACCUUAUUCAAAAUGGAGGGCAAGAAAAGAUCGCCGGUAUGGAAAUUCUUUUCUGUUGUAGAACAGGGGGGUAAAACAGGCGCUAAGUGUUUGCUGUGUCAGCGACAAUGUCGUACUCAGGGGGUAGUACGCGAACUAUGGCGAAUCAUUUAAAGUUCAAGCAUAAGUCCCUAAUUAACAUUGACAAUAAUGACAAGAACGGCAACUCCCAUUCUCAAAAGCUAAUAACUGCGUUCAGCCAACAUGCUACCAGCAUGUCAAAAGAACACUGGCAACGAUGCACUGGGGCAUUGGCGUGUAUGUGCGCUCGUGACCUUCGCCCUAUGAGUAUUGUUGAAGGGGUUGGUUUCAAAAACUUUUGUAAUACGUUAAACCCAGCAUUUAAAGUUCCAGAAAAAACCACCAUUGCUAAAUAUAUAUCUAUCAGUUAUGAUGAAAUGAAAGAAGAACUGGUUCGCUUGUUAAACAAACAGAUUGGGGUGGCACUUACGUGUGACCACUGGACAAGCUGUGCUGUCGAGGGAUACCUCACUGUUACUGCUCAUUUUGUUGAUGACGAAGUUUACUUUCACAAUUGCGUACUAGCAACACGUCAAACAACAGAACGACACACAGGGAUGAACAUAGCUCAAGAUCUAAAAGCUGUUAUCAGUGAGUUUGGUAUUGAGAAAGAGGGAGUAACUGCUCUGGUCUCUGACAAUGCGUCUAACAUGGUUGCAUGUGUGGAGCACAUGGAUGGAAUUAUGCACAUAUGGUGUUUUGGACACACCCUCCAGCUGUCAAUUAGAGGCGCAUUCGAUGACAUACCAUCAAUUUCAGGUACCAUCGUCGCUGGUAGAAAGCUUGUAUCAUACUUUCGCCGAUCAGUUUUCGCUAACAACGAAUUGAAAGUCCGCCAAAAAUAAAUGCACUUACCAGAACAUUCACUGAUAUUAGACUGUCCAAUGCGUUGGAACUCGACAUUUGACAUGUUUGAACAACGUCUAUCUGUCUAUGCUGUCGUACACAACAUGAAAAGUCCAGGUGAUGCCCGAAUACUCGAUCUGACCGACAGUCACUGGACCAUCAUAGAGGGGAUGAUACCUGUACUGAAGCCACUCUAUAUGGCCACACGGAUCAUGUGCUCAGAAGAGUAUCCGACCAUUAAUGGACUCUAUCCUAUCCUCUAUAGCUUGAAAAACCACCAUCCUCUGGUAAAAGACACUGACUGUGUCAGUGUGGCGACUUUCAAAGAAAAGUUACUCGCAGACAUUGACAGACGUUACAGUCUCAACGACGACAAGAUACUGAGCAGCCUUACUAUGCUUGCUACUUUCCUUGACCCAAGAUACAAAAAUCUGCCAUUUCUAUCUGAUGAGCAAAGAGAAACUGUGAAAGCUAAUGUUCUGUCCGGUGUGAAUGAACUGCAAAUUCCCAAUGAUUAUCAAAACAACCCCUCCCUACGGUUUCUGCAGAUGCUGAUGGAAUUGAGCCCUGUUUGAAACAUGCUAAAAUGUCGCAAGAUGAAGUGUCAUUCCUGCUCGGGCCUUAUUUUAACACAGAAGAGUGUGAGAUCAUUGUUCCCACGUCAAGUAGUGAGGAGUUGGCUCUUUACAUGACCGUGAAGCCAAUCAGCACAAACAAGAAUCCGUUUGAUUGGUGGAGACUAAAUAAAACGGUGUAUCCAACACUAGCUGUACUUGCGAGACGUGUUCUGUCUGUGCCCGCCACGUCCGUCCCCUCAGAACGUGUUUUCUCAGUUGCAGGCGGAACUGUUACAAAACUGGGUGCUUCUCUCGAUUCAGAUUCGGCCGACAAGCUUAUAUUUCUGAAUAAGAGAAUCCGCGAUAAAAAUGUCCAACAAGAAAAAGCUGUUAAAGAGUCUGCCGCCACCACCCUUGUGAAACAGGAGCCAGAGUCAAAUGAAACUGUUGAUGUCGCCGAGACUCGGCCUGCUCUACCCCAGUUUGAUUGACUUAACUGAAACGUUUCGCGUUGAAAACAUUGUGUAAUGAAAACAGUUUUUGAUAUUUAAUAUUGCUGAAACUAUUAAUGUCCAAGAUUUGCGGCUUCUUGUUUCAUUAUUUUUUCAUAGAAACCUUCUGAAGCUAAAGUAAUACUGGAUUGGAGCUGGGCUGGUAAAUUGAAAAAAAUAUUUUAUGUUGUGCUGACUUGUGCUUUUGAUAUUUAAUAUGGCUGAAACUAGUUCUUAGCAAGGAAAAAUAUAAUAUUAACGUCGCAGAUUCGCAACCUACUCUUGCACUGUUACAUUAUUUUAGUUGACACUUUUUUAUUUGAAAAAUUGAGAACAUUGCAUAAUGGAAGAAUUCUGUUGUUGUGUUAUGCAUAUUUUGAUAUUAUGGCUGAAAAUCGUUAUAUUCUGUUCAUUACUUCAUACUAAUUCCAAUAAAUUAUGGAAAAUGGG